CUUAAUGCAACAACUAUGUCGAUACAAUCGAGCUUGGUAUGUUGAUCAAGAAAGAUGCGCAGUUAAUAUAAUCGAUACCAAGAAGAGCACCUUGAACAUCCACGACCAAGUGUCUUUGUUUUGGAUCCUAAGCUCAAACACCUUACAAGUGCGCUUUAUACCAGGAUCAUCCUUUACUGAUUCUUUCUUUAUCAUCAAACUUCAACCCAUCGAUGUUUUGUACACGCGACAAGGCAUCACUGAUAUUUUGAAGCCCUUCAAGAGUUAUUUUGGUGAAACUGCCACGGACACCAGGAAUUAUAUAAGUGACCAUUCUGAAGAGUUGAUGUAUCACUUAUACUUCAACGAUCAGCUCAUGUAUGAUAAGCACACGUCGGCAAUGACAAAUGAACUAAGACUGCCUGCACUAAAUGGAUACUCAUUCUUGCAGCUCGACCAAGGACUUAAAAACCAAUGCAAGUGAUUUGUCGAGAAUUUGGAGUCGGAUCCAAGGGAUAAUGAUUUCAUGAAGGCACUGAAGAUUCCCUAAGAGAACAAGCCCAACCCCCCGACGAUUACAAACAGAUUCUUGACAAUGGUGACACUACCAACUGGUAGUCAUAUUUUUAGCUGUAAUAAACAAAAC